GGACCAGUGCCAAUACUCUCGCCUGACUGCCUGUACUUUGUAACGAGCCUUGAAUCAUCUACAAUGAACAAGUCUAAGAACGUCGAAAUUGUGCGAGCAGACGGGCCACACUAACUAAUGUUACCAAUCAUGCGAUCUUCCGAUGGACGAGUUUGCAUAGUGGAUCGUCCAUCAGGCAUUUGAACGGUCCUUAGAAGUCCAUCCUCAAGGUCAGAUUGAUCGCUCUCAUCCAAUAAGUCUACAAUGGUGCAAUCACGUCAACCACGGUUUAAUACGCAUGAAGUUUCGCGGGUUUAUCGUACCUACAGUUGAGAGGCCCCAAGGACAAUGAAACCAAUCAAUUUUGAUGAAAUGCCACCAGCAGACACCCCAGAGUCAAUGUUACCUUGAGAAAAUCCCGAAGAAGUGGCGGACAAAGAGUCGAUACUAUCGGUGAUGACUGGCGUAGGAGAGAAAGUGGACGGAGCUAGCGUUGAGAAGGGUGGAGAUGAAGACGACGAUAAAGAUGAUGUUGUUAAGGACGGUACAACAGGGAUGGUCGAAGAGGCGACAAGAGAUGAAUCGGUGUUCUCAAUGGACGAGAAAGGAAAGGCAGGGUCCGCAAUACAGGCCCCUGCGGAUAAGAGCGCCAAGCAAGGCCACGAUCAAUGCAAGGCAGAUGAAGCCAGAGAAGAUGUCGAUGGCAACUAUAUCAAUUGCAACGUCUACAUUCUUAUAGGCUUAGUCUCUGCCCACUUGAGAGAAUAGGUAGCACGUACCACGGCCUACUGCGACCUUCCACUGGAAUGCGGUGUCGCCCAGCGUUAUCUCCUUACCCAGCACACCAUUGAAAAAGCUGCGACUGGUAAGAGUCGCAUUUUGCGUACUUGCAAGACCACACUUACAAUUGCUAGGAGGCAAAGUAAAAAAUGCAUGAUUAGUUGGGAGGCUGUGAAUAAAUAUGCAUCAGGACG